GGCUGUGGGAACCAACCGGGUCCUGAGCAGCACUGGCCUCAGCCAGCUGCAAGAGGGCAGGUGUGUCCUGCCUCCUUCCUCACGGGAGGGACUUGGCAGCCCAGCUGCGCCGCAGGCCACCUUUAGGGGGUAGCCCGGUGCAAGGCGCCUCAGCCGGCAGAUGCCGAGUGUCUUCGAGGUGCCUGCUGACCCCCCCUUCCUUAUCUUCUCGUCAGCAGUGCUGGUCCCCGCCCGCAGUAGCUUCUGGCAGUUCCAAAGGAUGGUCAGGCACGUCACGGGCCGGAGUGCCUUGUUCUCCUACUACGGAUAUGGGUGCUACUGCGGCCUGGGGGGCAAGGGCACCCCAGUGGAUGACACUGACAGGUGCUGCCUGGCUCAUGACUGCUGCUACGAGAAGCUGAAGCAGCAGGGCUGCCAGCCUCUACUCAACAACUACCAGUUCCACCUCACCAACGGCACCGUGGUCUGUGAAUGUGCCCUUGGUCCUGGUGGCAGCUGUCCCUGUGGGCUGCGGGCCUGUGAGUGUGACCGGCAGUCCGUGUACUGCUUCCAGGAGAGCCUGCCCACCUACGAGAGGAGCUUCAAGCAGUCUGCCAGCCGGCUCCAGUGCGGCAGGCACAAGUCCCCAUGCUAGGGAGGCCACGGGGCCCGCCGAGGGAAGAGACAGCUGAUGCCACGUCCUCUCAGGAGCCGGAGCCUGAGGCCAUCACCAGCACGUGGUGUUCAGGACUAAGAAAUGGUGACGGGGCUGAGAGAGGGAAGCAGAACUUGUCAAAAUCUCUCUCCACCCACACAGAGAAGCCCUGGAGUUAUGUCAGAGUGGGAUUCUAAUAAACACAAAGUUCAUCAACCUA